AGAGAGAAGAGAGAGAGAGAGAGAGAGGAUGGUAAUAGUAGUGGAAGAAGUGGCAUCAUCAAAACUGAUUGUCCUGCCAAUUUUGAAGAAGAAACAACAAAAUCGCAUUAAUAAUUCAAGUAGCUGCAAUUUGAGUGCAAGAAAGAGAGAAUUGGUUUGUGUGACAAGUGGGAAUUCUUACUUGGGUUCCCACAUAGUGAAGGAGCUCUUGGCUUAUGGUUACCCAGUUCGUGUCACCAUCCAAAACCAAGUGGAUUUUGAUAACAUGAAGAAGGAGUUUAUAAGAGAUGAAGAAAUAAAUCAACUACAAGGUGUUGUAAUAGCAGAUAUGGAAGACAUAGACAGUCUUUGCGAUGCUUUUAGGGGUUGUCAUGCUAUUUUUCACACCUCCUCAUUUGUAGAUCCACAUGGGGUGUCUGGCUAUUCAGAACAGAUGACAUUUCUUGAGGCUGAAGGGGCAAGGAAUGUCAUUGAAGCUUGUGGUAGAGCAGCAUAUGUAAAGAAAUGUAUCUUCACCUCUUCUCUUCUUGCUUCUAUCUGGAAAGGUGACAAUGUAGACAGGGUUAUUGAUGAGACUUGUUGGAGUGAUGAAGAGUUUUGCCGAGAAAACAAGCUUUGGCUAGCAUUGGGUAAGACGACAGCAGAGAAGGUUGCCUGGAGGAAGUCUAAAGAAAUGAAGGUGGAGCUUGUCACAGUGUGCCCUGGCCUUCUCAUGGCCCCCUUAUUCCCAAAUGUUCACAAGGCAACCUCUAUACCAUACCUCAAAGGUGGCCAGGUCAUGCUACAACGAGGCGUCCUAGCUACCGGAGAUGUUAAAAAGGUGGCAAAGGCACAUGUCAAUGUUUACGAAGCAAUGGAUUAUGGAGCUUGUGAACGAUAUCUCUGCUUUGACAGAGUAGUUCAAAGAUUGGAUGAGGCAAUUGAACUAGAAAAUGGGUUGAAGAUGCAUGGUAAAUUAUCAGGAGGGAGACUAGAAGUCUUGCCAGAAGGAAAUGAAGAAAUACGUAGCAAACUUAGUAACUCAAAGCUUGCUAAAUUGAUAUUACAAUCUUCCCAAAGUUUUUCGUGCAAUCGAUGAUACCCUUUGCAACAUCUCAUGGUAAGAGUCUGAAAAAAAAUUCUCCUUGAGGAAUAAUUCAUUGGAGAUACAUCAAGCUUCACAGCAGGCUACCAAAUUGUGAAAGAAACUGUAAAACUUCCUGUUCUCAUUGAAGAGUGUUGAAAUCUGUGCACAAAUACAACAAUAUUACCAGCAUCAUUUUUUUUUUUCACUUGAUGAAACUGAGAGAUUGUAAUUAGUGCAACAUUACUUGAUUCAAUUUAAUUGGAGAAUUUAAGACGCAACAAGA